UUGAAUGUUUUUUUCUCGACAGACAAGCUUUCUUGCAAGCUAUUUAAAUCAAUUACUAUCGUUUCCAAUACAACGUGAUUAAAUGUCCUCGUACUAGGUCAUUUACAAGGCAAUUUACAUAGUGACAAUCCACGCUGAACAACACUCCUGACCUGACUUGUACCAGCUUUAGCUUGAUAGUUAGCUAAUCGCGGAAUUGCGCAAGUUCUACCAUUUUUGGUAGUCAAAAGCAAGAACAUGUACUUUGAGCACUUGUUUAGCUGAGAGAGAGAGAGGUGUGCUGCAGCGCUCUCCCCGGAGCAGUCAAAUUUGGCACGGAAUUAUAUCGGAUUGUCAAUAUGGAUAAAGAAAAUCUAUCCGUGGUGGUGCAUUCUAAAGGCGAUCUCAGAUUGGAACAUCGCGCUGUUCCUGAACCAGGUCCAAAUGAGGUGCUGUUGCAGAUGCACUCUGUUGGGAUAUGUGGCUCAGAUGUCCACUACUGGCAACAUGGACGCAUUGGUGACUUUGUGGUCAAGGAGCCUAUGGUUCUGGGUCACGAGGCCUCAGGCCGUGUCAUAAAAGUGGGGUCAGAGGUCAAGCACCUCCAGCCAGGUGACAGAGUAGCAGUCGAACCUGGAGUCCCCCGCGAGAUGGAUGAGUUUUUCAAAACUGGCCGCUACAACCUGUCGCCGACCAUCUUCUUCUGUGCCACGCCCCCAGAUGACGGGAACCUCUGUAGAUACUACACACAUAGUGCCGACUUCUGUUACAAGCUGCCUGACACCGUGAGCUAUGAGGAGGGGGCUUUGAUCGAGCCCCUGUCCGUGGGGAUCCACGCCUGCCGCAGGGCUCAGGUGACGCUGGGCAGUGCCGUUCUGAUCUGCGGUGCAGGACCAAUUGGGCUAGUCUGCUUGCUGGUUGCCAAGUCGAUGGGUGCAUCACUGGUGGUAAUCAGUGACCUGAACGUGGACCGUCUGGCCAAGGCCAAGGAGCUGGGCGCAGACUUCCUCCUGCAGGUGAAAAGGGGGGAAACGCCCGAGGAGAUGGCGAAAAGGGUGGAGGAGCACCUGGGCAGCCAGCCCCACAUCACCAUCGAAUGCACGGGAGUAGAGAGCAGCAUCCAGACUGCCAUCUAUGCGACCCGAAGCGGGGGAGUGGUGGUCGUGGUUGGCAUGGGCCCGGCCAUGGUCACCGUUCCCCUCCUCAGUGCUGGGAUCAGAGAAGUGGACAUCAGAGGAGUCUUUCGCUAUUGCAACACCUGGCCGAUGGCAAUCGCCAUGUUGGCCUCCAAGAAGGUGAACGUGAAACCCCUGGUGACGCACCGCUUCCCCCUGGAGAAGGCCGCGGAGGCCUUCGAGACCACACGCCAAGGCCUGGGCGUCAAAGUCAUGCUCAAGUGUGACCCCAAUGACCAGAACCCAUGAGCAAGAAAACAGAGGGGUCACCCCACAGCAUCCAAGCUUGACAUAUUCCCCACUGUAGCUUUCUCCUUAAAAAUCUAUUGACCUCUCACUCAAUGUAGCUCAAGGUUUUAUUGAACACCGCUCUGGUGAAGAUGUGAAAUUAAACUUUGACAGCGACAAAGA